UAAAUGUCAAAGCAUCAAUGGAAAUGUCAAAUCUGUAAACAAGAAUUUCGUGGAUGUUUGUUUUUUAACGGAAUCUUAUGUGAAAUAAUCAAUAAAUAACAGUUUGUAUUGAGUAAGAAGUUUAUUGAAGUUAUUUUAGAUGACUCUUGGACGUAAAUACCAGCAAUCUUCCGGGAAUGCUGGGGACGCUCGUAAGGUAUAUUCUAACCAGUCGAAGGUCGGGACUCUAUCUGGUUGCUCGUCUUCUGUAUCACUGUGCGACAUGAUUGAGCCACCGGACUAUGAGGAGGUGUGUGACCGGCUCAUGGGGGAGAAGGACCCCCUGGCCUACCCAGCGGUGGACAUGGAGCUCUGCAACGUGCCCCGCCGCAUCAGAACCAUCAACCAUAUCCUGCCUGAUGAAGAUCUUGCAAAAGCCCCGAUGUUCGUCCGCGACUGCAUCCGAUGUUACACGACGGACUACACGGUGGUCGAGUACAAGUACCGCGCGUACUCGGGCUCCACCUGCGGCCGGGAGCGGCUGGGCGAGCGCCUGGAGCGCCUGCAGGCUGGCCCCCGGCAUCAGUACGAAAUUGAUGCUGAACCAUCUAGUAUUGAGGAACAUCAGUCUGAAUCUCAACCAUCAAGCGGCCGUCAGUCAGUAGCAUCUAUGUCAUCCUCGUCCUCCUGCAACGAGACCCUCACUCCGCGCGGCUCGUGGGCCAGUCUGGACCUCCGGAGCUCCUCCUCAGACCCUCUGCUACCUGACCUCUUUGAGAGGAAACCUCCGGAACAGAUCGAUGCCCUUAAUGAAGCUAGGAGGUUAGAGAACCGUCAAGCAGAUCUCCUGGGUCUGUACACUCCGUACUUGGAUGAGGAGGAGGCGGUGGAACGGAGGCUGGCGGCUGAGAUGCCGAGCGAGAUCAUGGGGCACAGGAUCUUGGUGGUCUGCCAUCAGCUCAAGCUGGAACUAGACGUGGAACCACUGUUCGCUUCCAUGGCAGUCUAUGAUGCGAAGGAGAAGAAGAAAGUAUCAGAGAACUUCUAUUUCAACCUGAACUCGGAGUGCACGCGACAGAUGCUGUCUGCUCACGUCCCUCACGCGGACCUCUCGACCCUCAGCCGGAGUGCAGUGUUCGACCUCAUGAACCCCUCGCCUGACAUGUUCCUCGUCGUCCGCGUUGAAAAGGUCCUCCAGGGCGAUGUUAAUGAGUGUGUUGAGCCCUAUAUCAAGGAUGAUAAGAACCGCGAGAAAGUCCGCGCGGGCGCGGCGGCGGCGUGCGCCCGGCUGGGCAAGUACCGCAUGCCGCUGGCGUGGAGCGCCGUGUCGCUGCUGAACAUCCUCAGCGGCUCCAACAGCCUCGAGCGGGACCACGACAAGGACAGCCUCUCCGCCGCCACCAACACUAACAGUCUCGACCGCAAGGCGUCGUCCAGCAGCCUGGAGCAGCUCCGCCGUCGCGCGGGCGAGGUGGGGGGGUCACUGACCCGCAAGGGCUCCAUCGAGCGACGUGCGCACGCGCACAACGCCGACGACCUCGCCAACCAACUCGACUCCUUCAAACCCAUCGCCAUCACCGUCACCAGCUUCUUUAAACAGGAAACGGACAAACUCCGCGACGAAGACCUGUACAAGUUCCUGGCUGAGAUAAAGCGCCCCAGCUCAGCGCCUAAGAAGCUCAAGUGCAUCCCCGGCACGUUGAAGAUUGAGGUGUCUCCGUGUCCUGAGGAGCUGAAGAAUGGACUCACUCCGGAGCUCGCGAAAUUACACCCUUAUGGCGACGACAACGUCCGUCCGUGCAAGGAGAUCCUCCCGUUCCCGUGCCAGACGCCGGCCAUGCCGCACUACCACUACCGCAGCCUGCUGUACCUCGCCGUCAAGGAGAUCAACCUCAACGCAUACACCAGCCGGACUGGAUCCGCCAGGAAUAUUACGGUCCGCAUCCAGCUAAUGUCAGGAGAGAGCGAGGGCUCCGCCCUGCCAGCAAUAUUCGGCCGCAGCUCCUGUCCAGAGUUCACCAACGAGGCAUACACCACCGUGCUCUACCAUAACAAGAACCCGUCUCUAUACGACGAGAUAAAGCUGAAGCUGCCAGCGGACCUGGGCGACCAGCAUCAUCUACUGUUCACGUUCCUACACGUCUCCUGCCAGAGGAAACCCGUCGCACCUGACCAGGAGAAGAACCUCGAGACUCCUGUUGGAUACUCUUGGCUCCCUCUAUGCCGUAACGGCAAGCUGACGUGCGGAGACUUCAGCCUGCCCGUGAUGCUGGAGGAGCCCCCGCCCAACUACUCGUACAUAUUCCCCGACGUACAACUACCCGGCACGAGGUGGAUCGACAACCACAAGCCUAUAUUCAACAUCACGCUCGAUGCCCACACUACUGUACACCCGCUGGACGGUUACAUCGAGCGGUUCGCGAUGGCUUGCGAGGCGGUGCAGGAAGGGAAUAUCCCACCCCGCAUCGGGCUCGCUAACAUGGAGGCUGAGUUGAGAGCCAGUAUAACGGAGCUGCCGACGGCGAGCGUGGAGGUGCUGGCGCGGUACCUGCCCGUGGUGCUGGACAAGCUGCUGCACCUGCUGGUGGCGCCGCCCGCGCUCGCCGGGCACACGCUCAACAUCGCGCAGGACGUCUUUACUUGUCUCGCGCACAUAUUCACUGAUAUAUCGAACAUGAACGAAGGCGCGACCUGCGACAACCACGGCCGCAGCGGUCUGAUCACCACCUACAUCCAGUACCAGUGCACCAUCCCCCGACCCUCGCUCACUGACAGAGACAUCGGCCUGCCACUGCCCCCUGCAGUGAUGACGGACGGGUCGUGUAAGAUCCUGCACGAGGAGCUGGCGCUGCAGUGGGUGGUGGCCAGCGGCGCCACCAGGGACCUCGCCAUGCAGAACUCUUGGGCCCUAUUCGAGCUGAUGGUGAAAUCGAUGGUAGAGUACUUGUACUGGAGCGGGGCGCACGAGGCGCGGCGCAAGGCUCGCUUCCCCGACCAGUUCACGGACGACCUCACCACGCUCGUCAACAACGUCACCACGGAGAUCAUCUCUAGAUACGGCAAAGAUAGUCGCCUCACCCAGAGCCUGAACAACAGCCUGGCAUUCUUCCUGUUCGAGCUGCUGAGCGUGAUGGACCGCGGCUACGUCUUCAACCUGAUUCGAACCUACUACAAGCAGAUGUGCGCUAAAAUCGCCUCGCUGCCUGAUGCUGUGCCCCUUGUUCACUAUAAGCUGGCCUUCCUCCGCAUAAUAUGUUCCCACGAGCACUACGUGUCGCUGAACCUGCCGCAGCCGCUGGGCGGAGCCCCGGGGGGCGUGUCCCCCGCCGCGUCCUGGCAGUCGCUAGGGUCCCAGUCCAGCGCCCCGCCGCGACACACGCUGGGACACGAGUUCCGCUCGCGACACUAUCUGGCCGGACUCUUGCUCACUGAGCUCACUAACGCUUUGGAGUUGCAGUCCCCGGUGCUGCAGUGCGCGGCGGUGGGGGGCGUGCUGGCGCUGCUGACGGCGCACGACGCCGACCCGCGCCUGGCGCCGCCCGACACCAAGGCGCGCGUCGCCGCGCUCUACCUGCCGCUGCUCGGCAUCGCCAUGGACGCGCACCCGCAGCUCUACCGGGGCUUCUCCACCAACAAAGAAGUACUACAGCUGGACAGUGAAAUAGGACAGUUCAGCAACUUGCACACCGCGUCGUCUCCCGAGGGGGAUUUUAAGCAGAGCGGGCGCCCCCCGUUCAACAGCGAGACGAGCCGCAACCUGGUGAUGUGCGUGGUGUGGGUGCUGAAGUGGAGCUCCCGCCCCGCCCUCGCCGCCACCGUGGCCGACCUGCCGCCGCACUCGCUGCACGCGCUGCUCGCGCUCAUCGACCUCGCCUUCCGCUGCCAGGAGUACAAGGGUCGUAAAGAACUACUGAAGUGCGCACAACAGAACGUGCGCAAGACGACGGACAUCAAGGCGAAGCUGGAGGACGUCAUCCUGGGACAGGGCUCCGCAAGGAACGACUUCAUCAUGAGGAGGAAAGGUGUGUCGGGUGUAGGUGCGUGUCGCCGCGAGCGCUGGCGCAAGGACCUGUGGCGGGGCGGAGCCCGCGCCGAGGGCGGAGCCCCGCCCACACCGCAGCCUGCGCUGGCUGCUGCACUCGCUGCCGAGGUCUCACUCACACUGCUGCAAGCACUGGAUACUAUUGUGCAGUCGUGCGCCAGCCUGGAGUGCGGGCAGGCAGUAUGCAGCGCGGCGCUGCAGGUGGUGCUGCGCGCGCUGCAGCGGAACCAGAGCGGCACCGUGCUGCAACACAUGUUCGCCACGCUCCGGGCGCUCAUUGUCAAGCUGGGCUGGUCGUGUUGCGGCGAGGAGUCUGGCAUCUGCCGCGUCCUGCUCCGCCACUGCGCGGCGCUGUCCGCCGCCACCCGGGCGCACGCCUCCGCCACGCUCUACGCACUCAUGAGGCAGCACUACCAGCUCGGGAACAAUUUCAGCCGUGUGAAGAUGCAGGUGACGAUGUCCCUGUCCUCGCUGGUGGGCACGUCCACCACCUUCAGCGAGGAGUCACUCCGCCGCGCGCUGAAGACUAUACUCGUGUACGCUGAACAUGACUCCGAUCUAGCUGACACUACGUUCCCGGAGCAGGUGAAAGACCUAGUGUUCAACCUGCACAUGAUACUGUCGGACACGGUGAAGAUGAAGGAGUUCCAGGAGGACCCGGAGAUGCUGCUGGACCUCAUGCACCGCAUCGCGCGCGGGUACCAACACAGCCCCGACCUCCGCCUCACCUGGCUCAACAACAUGGCACAGAAACAUAUGGAGCGCUCGAACCACACGGAGGCGGGCAUGUGCCUGGUGCACGGGGCCGCGCUGGUGGCCGAGCAGACCCAGGCCGGGGGCCGCGGGGCGCAGCUACUGGCCCGGGUCACACACAAUGCACUCGACGAGAGCUGCGCUGAUGCUCUACAUCAUCAUCUCACGCAUCUUGAACUACAGGCUCUCCUAGAGCACGCGGCGAGCGAGCUGAUGACCGCGGGUAUGUACGAGACGGUCAACGAGGUGUACAAGGUGCUCAUCCCCAUCGCAGAGGAACACAGGGACUAUAAGAAACUCGCUAAUAUACACAGCAAACUGAACGAGGCGUUCACCCGCAUAGAGCAGUUGCACGGCAAGCGAGUGUUCGGCACGUACUUCCGCGUGUCCUUCUACGGCGCGCGCUUCGGGGACCUCGACGGGGAGGAGUUCGUCUACAAGGAACACGCGCUCACCAAGCUGCCCGAGAUCUUCAGCAGGCUCGAGAACUUCUACGGCGCCCGUUUCGGCGCGGACAACGUGGUGAUAAUAAAGGACUCGAACAUCGUGGACGCGAGCACGCUGGACGCGGACAAGGCGUACAUCCAGAUCACGUACGUCGAGCCAUACUUCGAGCCGCACGAGCUGCGCAAGCGCGUCACGCAGUACGAGAAGAACUAUAAUAUUAAGCGCUUUAUGUACGCGACGCCGUUCACGGUGGGCGGGCGCGCGCACGGCGACAUCGCCGAGCAGUGCAAGAGGAAGACCAUACUCACCACCGCGCACCACUUCCCCUACGUCAAGACUCGGAUACAGGUGGUAUCACGAACGCAAAUAAUACUGACGCCCAUCGAAGUUGCGAUUGAAGAUAUACAGAAGAAGAUCAACGAGCUAGCGGCAGCCACCAGCCAGGAGCCAGCAGACCCGAAGAUGCUGCAGAUGGUGGUACAAGGAUGCAUCGGUACUACCGUCAACCAGGGCCCGCUCGAACUCGCACAGGUGUUCCUAGCUCCAGUAGCCGAAGGCACGCAGCCUCCCACUCGACUCACCAACAAACUACGACUCGCCUUCAAAGACUUCUCCAAGAAAUGUCACGACGCGCUCCGCAAGAACAAGAACCUGAUCGGCAGCGACCAGCGCGAGUACCAGCGCGAGCUGGAGCGGAACUUCCAGCGGUUCACCGAGAGACUCGCGCCCCUCAUACACGCCACGCCCGGGCACGUCGCGCAACUCAGCAAUGGCCUGAGCAAACACGACUACAAGUAUCAAGCGUGAAGCGGUCGCACCAACGACGUCAUAUAACCACCGUCUAUGUACCUACUGUUAUUUUAUAAUUAUUUCUUAAACUUAAAGUAUAGAGAAUAGCAUUAUCAACAGCCCGUGUUAGUCCAUCAACUUCGCCACUUCUAUUCCUGAAUAGAAGUGGCGCUAUAGAAGAGAACACCGAUGUCCUCUCUUUCCCACUCCAUUAUAAAUUUUAUUUCUUAUGUUUAGAAAAUACUUUUAUAUGAACAAUUAUUGUUAUUAAAAUGAACAAGAAUCUAUGGAUUGAU